AUGGCUGCGCUUUCGCUCACCAGGAGUAUCGAGGCUACUCAUCCCGUCGAUGAACUCGAUUACCAAAUUACAGAAAAGAUUGAGCCCACUCCCGCUACGAGUAGAGCGUCUUCGGAUGAAACCCGACAAUCACCAGAAGAUGUUGAAAAGAACGGAGUUGAGACGGUUGAUGGAGAGGGCGAUUCUAACAUGGUCUGGUGGGAUGGCGACAACGAUCCCGCCAACCCGAUGAACUGGUCGACAGCGAAGAAAUGGACUAAUGUUGGCAUUGUUUCCGCCAUCACUUUUAUUGUCCCGCUUGCGUCUUCUAUGUUUGCGCCGGGCGUAAGUCAAGUGUCCGCUGAGUUUGGUACAACAAAUGAACUGCUUCAAAGUCUCGUCGUGUCGAUAUACGUUCUCGGGCUUGCACUUGGGCCGUUGGUGUUGGCUCCCCUAUCUGAAGUGUAUGGACGAUGGGUCUGCUACGCAUGCUCUAACGUCUUCUAUACCGUCUUUACUGUCGCUUGUGCAGUAUCGACGAACAUGUCAAUGCUCAUCGUCUUUCGAUUUUUGGCUGGAUGCAUGGGUUCCGCCCCGUUGGCUGUCGGUGGCGGAACCAUUGCAGAUUUGUUUCCCGUCAGCCAGAGAGGCAAGGCUUUGUCUUUGUAUACCCUCGGUCCGGUCUGUGGUCCAGCCAUCGGACCGAUCGCCGGCGGAUUCUUGUCAGAAGCAAAAGGAUGGAGGUGGAUCUUUUGGGUCCUAACGAUAGCAAGCGGAGCCGUCACCAUUGGUCAAAUGAUAUUUGCCAGCGAGACAUUCGCCAUCGGUAUUCUUGACAAGAAAACGAAACGACUCCAAAAGGAGACUGGAAACAUGGACCUGCGGUCCAAGCUUGAUCGGGGCAUCAGCAGCACAGAGAUCCUCAAACGUGCCAUCAUUCGUCCAACAAAGCUUUCCCUGUUCUCGCCCAUUUGCAUUCUUCUGUCGCUAGCCUCCGUUUUGGUGUAUGGGAUUCUGUACCUUAUACUAACCACGUUUCCCUUGGUAUUUGAAUCUACGUAUGGCUUCUCUUCUGGUAUCUCAGGUCUCGCCUAUAUCGGUCUGGGUGUCGGCAAUGUUCUCGGCCUGUUAGUAUUUACCUUUACCAGUGACAAAUAUAUUCAAAAACGAGCUGCCCAGGGACUGUUGCAGCCCGAAGAUCGACUUCCACUUCUCCUGGUAUCCACGAUUGUUAGCGGCACAGGCCUGUUCUGGUAUGGAUGGAGUGCCAAAGCACAUACCCACUGGAUUGUGCCUAUCAUUGGCUCCUCUUUAGUUGGCGUGGGUAACAUGUUUUUCUUCAUGCCCGUGCUGGGAUAUCUCGUCGAUUCGUUUACCGUCUAUGCCGCCUCGGCCAUGGCUGCAAAUACCGUACUUCGUUCCAUUGGAGGUGCUCUCCUUCCUCUAGCUGGUCCAAAAAUGUACGCAUCGCUCGGAUAUGGCUGGGGCAAUUCCGUGCUGGGAUUCCUCGCCAUCGCCUUCACCCCAGCCUUGUAUGUCAUUUACCGACAUGGAAAAUACAUUCGCACGAGAUGGCCUGUCAAUUUGGGAUGA